AUGGCUACUGAACCCUCAGACGAUGCAUUCAGGGACACGAGUUAUGAGAACCAAAGCAGCAGAUUCCAGAUGCUGAUCAGGAAAUUUAAUACAAAGGAGAUUUUCACCUGGCACUUGGCUAAGACGUUGGCCAUGGGUCAGGGUCUGGCUGCUCUCAUCUGUGGGACGGCUGUCUCUUCGCAGUACCUGGCCACAAACUUUCAUGUGAACACACCAAUGCUGCAGAGCCUCCUGAACUACUCUUUACUGUGUGUCACCUACACCACCAUGCUGCUCUGCAGAACAGGGGAUGGCAAUAUUUUGCAGAUUCUGAAGAAGCGAGGAUGGAAGUACCUCCUGCUUGGCCUGGUGGAUGUGGAAGCUAACUACGCUGUGGUGAAAGCAUACCAAUACACCACCCUCACCAGUGUACAGCUGCUGGACUGCUUCGUGAUCCCCGUCCUGAUGAUUCUGUCCCGCUGGGUUCUGAAAACACACUACAGACUGGUCCACUAUGUCGCCGUCUGCAUCUGUCUCCUCGGUGUAGGGGCCAUGGUCGGGGCAGAUCUUCUGUCUGGACGAGACCAAGGCUCCACCUCAAACAUCUUGUUAGGAGACGGUCUUGUUCUUCUCAGUGCCACGCUGUACGCUGUGUCAAACGUGUGUCAGGAGUACACUGUGAAGAACCUGAGCAGGGUGGAGUUUCUGGGCAUGGUCGGCCUGUUCAGUACCAUCAUCAGCACCAUUCAGAUGGUGAUCCUGGAACGUAAUGAAGUUACUAAAAUCAACUGGAGCUGGGAAGUCGUCAUCCUGUUUGCUGCCUUUGGGCUGUGUAUGUACACGCUGUACAGCUGUAUGCCCAUAGUGAUGAAGCUGAGCAGUGCAACGUCUGUCAACCUCUCCCUGCUCACUGCUGACCUCUUCAGCCUCUUCUGCGGGAUCUUCCUCUUCCAGUACAAGUUCUCUGGUCUCUACCUCGUCUCAUUGGUGGUCAUCCUCAUCGGCUUCAUCACCUUUAACGCUGUACCAACACCAGAGCCGGAAUCCUCCUCUUCAGUCCCCAUCAGUGAAGAGAAUUCCUGUGAAAAUCCUGAUGACUCUCAGGAUGAAAUCAUAAAGCAGGAGGUUUCUGUGGGGAUCACCACAGAGGAAGAGGAAGAAGUUAUAAUUGUUGGACCAAGCACUAAAAUGUGA